UGAGUCGUUGUGCAAUCAGUCAUUCACUUCACGUUGAUGCAUUACAGUAAGGGAAAUUGAACUGUUCCUCACACACUCGCACACAAGCCACAGGAACUGACCUGAAACCAAACACACAGAGACUAUAGCAUCCAUGGAGAACAAAUGGUAUGCACACCAGCACCAGGAACCUUGCUCCGAUAACAGUCUUGUAUUUAUUUGUAAAUUACCGACCAGGGAAGUAUUCCAGUCACUGGACAGACAGGAACCUAUUCAGAUCAAACUCCCAGCACAAUGCAGCGUCCAUCAGCUUCGUGUGCGCCUGUGUAUGCUAGCACAGGAGAAUAACAGAUUUUUUGAGCCAUUUGCACUCCUGGACCCAGAACGAUAUAGUCUGCUGUACCGCAAGAAGGAGGAGUGGUACGAAAUUUAUGACGACUAUCAGGUAUUGCGAACUCUCGAUGCACCCUGGUUUCAGGGUACUGAUGGUCUUCAGACUGUCUGCGUCACUGUGUUGGCUCAGAAAACCACCUCUGAGGAGAGAAUUUCCUUCCAGGGUAUUCUGAAUGAAUUAAUCGGCCAUGAUUUGGACUCCUCAGACAAUAAUCGUUUAAGUGAGCUAGGCUAUACCCGAAGAAAGUUUGCCACACCGCGAAGGGAAGAACUGAAAAACCGUGAUCCUAUAGCUUAUGCCACUGAACCAUGGACAACUUCCACAGUGCUACCAAACGACCAGCAAGGUUACCUUCAGCGAAAACUCUCAGUGAUUCUUUAUUACAAUAGUUCGAACAUUUCCAUUAAAACUGACUUGACACAUACCCCCAGUGAUCUUCUCAAGAUCUUAUGGGAAUCAUUGCCAAAAGGGGGCCUGUCAUUCGAAGAAUGGUCUGGUGAUCAUGUCCUCAAGGUGUGUGGCAGAGAGGAAUUCUUGAGUGGAGACUUUAAGCUCUCAGAUUAUCUUUGGGUCGGGCACUGCCUUAAAAACUCGCUGGAGCUUCAUCUCUCAGUGGUUGCCGUCACAUCCCUUCCAGAUAACACAGUAAGUAGAGAGUACUGGCCUCUGGUGGACAGCCUCACUGGUCUCUCGAGCACCCACGAGGAACUUUCCCUUAAAGGGAAGGAAGUAGAGGACAUUGUGAUGAUUUCUCUGUGGGACUGUGAGAGGAAGUUCAGGGUUAAACUCUUAGGGUUUGACAUCCCAGAACUACCAAGUAAGGUGCCACCACUUGUUCAUGUGGAAGCCACCAUAAUAUAUGGUAGAAAGAUUGUGUCAUCGGUUUGUUCAACUCAAAAAGAGUUUACAGAUGAAGUGCUUUGGAACACCUGGUUGGAAUUUGAAAUUCUGAUCAGGGAUAUCCCUCACGGAGCGAAAUUAGGCCUCACAAUUAAUGCUGGUCCCACAGAAGGCACGUCAACCAAGGACACAAAGUCGAACUCGUCUAAAGGACCGGAUUACCAGAAGGGAAAAGGGCAAGUACUUUACUUUGUAAACCUCCAGUUGAUUGACCAUAGAUCCCUUCUUACCAAAGGUCCACACACUCUGCAUAUGUGGUCUUUCCCAGAAUGGGACGAGGAGGCAUUCACUUACGAGGCGGAAAAACUUUCUACUGCCACAAACCCUGAUGUAGCUAAAGCAAUGGCAAUUACCUUCAUGCUGGAUCGGUACAGCUUUCCUGUUGUCCUGCCGUGUGGCAGGAACUCCUCUUUUAGUGGUACAUCUCCUGUCUCGGGCUCUUCAACACUGAACCUUUCAGGAGAAUCCAGACUCUCUUCCCCAUCCAAUGAGGCUCCUGCAACAAUGCCCUUCACAAAGACAGGUUGCCUCAGGAGACUGAAAGAAGAAAGUGUCCACUAUGCCUCAAAUUUACCGCAGUUUCUUCGCUCGGUCGACUGGAUGAUGCCAACUGCGGUUCAGGAUGUCCACUGGCUGUUGAGUAACUGGGAACCAGAGGACAUAGAGCUGUUUGUGGCCCUUGAGCUCCUGAGUGUGGAUUUCGCAGACAUGAAGGUCAGAAGUCUGGCAGUUCAAAGAUUAGAAAUCCUAUCCAAUGAUGAGGUACUUAAGUACCUUCUGCAGCUGGUUCAGACCCUUAAAGUCGAGCCAUACCACGAUAGCUGUCUGGCAAGAUUCCUUCUCAAAAGAGCACUAAGGAGCAGACGGAUCGGACACUUCUUUUUCUGGUAUUUGCGAAGUGAGGUGGCAGGAUGCCCAUUUUUCCGCCAGCGUAUGGCGGUUAUCCUGGAGGCAUACCUAUUGGGCUGUGGAGAGGCAAUGCUGACUGAAUUCCAGCGUCAAGUACAAGUUGUCAAUUGUCUGCACAAUGUGGCUCUAGCUGUAAAGUUGCUGUACCCAGAUAGGACAGACCUUCCAUCAACAGCUCCUCAGAAGCUGCAGGAGUUGUUAGAGGAGUGCAAUUUACCCUCUGACUUCCAGGUGCCUUUUGAUCCUCGUGUCAGAGCAGGAAGUAUCAUACUGAAAGACUGUAAGGUGAUGGCCUCUAAGAAAAAGCCACUCUGGCUUGAGUUCUCCUGCCUAAAGUCAGAAGCUCCAGACUCUCCUCCUGUCGGCAUCAUCUUUAAGCAUGGAGAUGACCUCCGACAGGACAUGCUCAUUAUCCAGACUCUCGUGGUCAUGGACUCAAUUUGGCAAGAAAAGGGUUUAGACUUAAACCUGGUGCCUUAUGGAUGCAUUUCAACAGGAUAUAACAUAGGAAUGAUUGAGAUUGUGCGAAAUGCGAUCACUAUUGCCUCAGUUCAGAAGAGUCAGGGAGGUAUGGCAGGAGCUUUCAAAAACAAUGCCUUGUAUGACUGGCUUCAGAAGAAGUGCCCAUUACAGGAAAAACACUUUCAAGCUAUGGAGAAGUUUGUGAACUCGUGUGCCGGGUACUGUGUGGCCACAUAUGUGCUGGGUAUAGGGGAUCGGCACAACGACAACAUUAUGAUCACUGAUCAAGGCAACUUGUUUCACAUUGAUUUUGGCCACAUCUUGGGCAACACUAAAAGCUUCAUGGGGGUGAACAGAGAAAGGGUGCCCUUUGUCCUCACCCCCGACUUCCUGUACGUUAUGGGCAGGGUGAAAGGCCGCCCCAGCCUUUACUUCAAGAGAUUUAUGGACACCUGUAUCAAUGCCUAUCUAUCCCUCCGGUCUCAGUCUCGCCUUCUUGUCACACUCUUCUCUCUAAUGCUUCUCACGGGAAUCCCUGAGCUCAGCAUGUCACAGGACAUGCUCUACCUACGUACUGCACUGCAGCAGGAUCAAGGGGAGGACGAGGCUCGGAAUCACUUCCUGCAGCAGAUUGCACUUUGCGAGCAGAAAGGUUGGACUGUGCAGGCAAACUGGUGGUUUCACUUGAUGGCGGGCAUUAAAUAGAAAACAUGAAUAUACCUUUCUCACAGAUAUGUAAGUUAGCAAAGAAAAUGUGUCUGCGUGCUACAGUUCAAAUUUUGUGUUCAACAAAACACUGUGCAGGCAACCUUUCUGCUCGCAAAGUAUUCAUUUAACUGCACAAAUUUAGAUUUGGCACAUAAAUAUUCUCUUGUUUUUCCAUGCAAGGAAGAAAUUUAGAAAGGUUUGUAAUGAUGUGAGGGUCAAUUUUCAACUUUGGGUAAACUAUCCUUUUAAAUGUAACAUUUUAUCAUGAAAAUUCCAUGGAGA